UCAGUAGUAAGUUAUUAUUGCAUCAGUCAUCGACGACGACCAGCUUGAACACAACUCGGACGCGUUCGAUCGCUGUGUAUACUAUCUUAUCGAAUUUUUUAGUUUAGUUCAGCAUGGACACCGUGAAUCUACUUCUAAAAUUGGGCUAUCAACCAGGUGGUGACUCACCGCUCGACGCAGCCACCCUCGGCGGUGGUAUUUCACAACCCGGCUAUCGCGCGCUAAUCCAAUGGCUCACGGCGGAAAUUCGCAGGUACGGCGAGUUGGACGACGAGUCCGUAUGCAGCGUGGACGACGAGGUUUGCUUUCGGUGGGAACUGUCGUCGUUUCUGAAGGAGCUGGGCUGUCCGUACGGUGCGUUGAUGGACGUCCCGCUGACGGAGCGCUUUCGAGAGGGUGGGGACGCGCGCAUGUUGGUGGAGUAUUUGGUUGGUGAGUGCGCGGCGUUGGCGAUGGUGAGGCGGCAGCGGGAUCAAGAGGAGCGGCGGUUUCAGGUGUCGGUGCUUGAGCCGUGUACGGAGGGUGAUCUGUUGAACAUUUGUGGAGCGUUGGGGUUGAGUGUGGAGAACCUUCGAGCGGAUAACAUCUUCAAUGAGAUCAACCAGCGGCUGAAUGAUGAACCGCUUAUCGGCGGUCCGGUGUUCCGACCGGAAGUGAACCUGACCGCCGGCCAAUGGGUUAGGCUUGAGCGAACGCAGGCCGAACUGCUGGCGGAGUACUCGCUGCGGCAGCAGAUGAUGCUCAAGCGGGUUGACCUCACGAUGGCCGCCUUUCAGUGGAAGGGGAAGGAUGGACCGGCGGUUGCUCAGACGUACCGGAAGUGGCGCCGCCACUUGGUAGAUUUGAUUGAGAGCUUUUCCACGGCGGAUAUUUCGACACUGCUUGCGGCGGACGAGGAGGUGCUGCGCCAGGAACGGGUCAGUUCGACGCGGUUGAAGGGAACCGGGAAGAAUGCGUUCCAGGGUUAUUUGACGCUUCCAACAGGUGGCGGAGUGGUCAAAAUCGACGAGAAGCCAGCGAUGCCGAACUGGUCCUCGCGAGAGGAAGGACAGGAGAGUGAAAACCUUCGGCGUAAGCCGAAGAAGCCGGUUGAAGGUGAUGGCGAGGUCAAGAUUUCCAAGAAAACCAAGGAGAAGAACCUCAAGAACUGUGAUAUUAUCUCUGGAUUGAAAGAGUCGCCCUUCGGCCCGGUCCUUUUCCUUCUUCUUGCUCCGGAUGUAAUCCAGCAUCGGAUCCCCGAUUCGUUCCUGCUGCUUCAGGUGCUCGUCCAGAUCCUGAUCGUCAGCGUAACGCGCCAACGGCUUCGCCAUCUCGUGGGCGGCCUCCUCCAGCUGUGCCUUGUAAUCCUCGACCUGCUUCACACCCUUUCCCCACCUCGUGUACUUUUCCUUCUUCUUCUCGUCCCGCUUGCGCUUCUCAAACUCCUGCCGCAGCUCCUCCUCGACGUCCUCGCGCUUCCGGCGCUUCUCCCGAACCACCGUCUUGGCGUACCUCCCAGAAACCUCCUCCGACAUCUGCGCAAACAGCUCGUCCUCUCGGCGACGAGACUUUUCGUUCUCAACCUUCAGAUCGCGCGCGUUCUGCAACCCCGCCCGUUUGCCAUCCAACGUGAGAGUCAUCUUCCGCCCGGACGGCCCCGCCUCCGGACUAUCCGCACGUUCCCGCUUAAUCCGACGUGGAGGAGAUUGAUCCGAGUCGCGGCGACGAUUCGGUUUCCUUGGCGGACUUUCGUCCGAAUCCGGAGGUUCCUGUUUGAUUCGAACCUGCGGGAUCUCGCGACCUCGUCGCGGUGGACUCUCGUCGGAAUCGCGACGUUCCUGCUUGAUCUUCACCUGAUCGUGGCGUCUUCUCGGCGGACUUGCGUCGGAAUCCCGUCGCCGAUUGCUUCGAGACUUUCUCGGAGGACUCUGUGCUUGUCGCGCUUCCUUGGAGGACUUGGAUCCGAAUCCGAAUACCGCUUCCUCGCCGGACUCUUGCUCUUCCUUCUCGGAGGACUCUCAUCCGAGCUGUACUUUCUUCUCUCCUUACGAGCGUCCCGUUUGUCACGUUCCUUGUCCUUCCUCCUCGGAGGACUCGCAUCCGAAUCCUCGUACCGCUUCCUCACCGGACUACGAUCCGCCCUCUCCUUCCUUCUCGGAGGACUCUCGUCCGAAUUUUUCCUCCCUCUCGAAACCGGACUCUUCCCCCUUCUAGGAGGACUCGCGUCCGAGUCCCUUCUCCCACCACCCUGCCUCGACCCCGAGGGAACGCCCCACCUGUCCUCGCCGGGAUCCGCCGCCAGCUUCUUCCACUUGCUGCUGCCAAAGUCUUCCUUGGCCUUCAGCUCCGCCGGCCGAUCGUCGAUUACACCGACAAUCUGCGGCGCCUCGUCGCCCAACCCGUACAGCUCGGACUCGUCCUGGAUGGGCUGUUCGAGGCCGAAGCCGCCCGGAUCGUCGGCGUCGAUGAUUUUGACGCUGGAAAGAACCAUCAUGGGUAAACCAGGAUUCUCUCCCCGAGGAGGUGGCGGAGGACGCGGCGGGCCAGGAGGGCGAGGAGGCCGUGGGGGUGGUGGCGGUAGGGGAGGAUUCGGCGGGGGCGGACGAGGUGGUCCGGGAGGUCGCGGAGGAUUCGGGGGCCGUGGAGGCGGCGGCGGUCGUGGUGGACCAGGAGGGCGGGGUCGUGGAGGCGGUGGCCGUGGGGGUGGCGGACGCGGAGGCGGUGCCAAGGGAGGUGGCUUCAAGGGGGGAAAGACCGUCGUCAUCGAGCCACAUCGUCACGAGGGCAUCUUCAUUGCCCGUGGCAAGGAGGACGCGCUGGUCACGCUGAAUCUGGUUCCCGGAUCGGAGGUGUACGGCGAGAAGCGGAUCUCGGUUGAGACUGACGGCGAGAAGAACGAGUACCGCGUGUGGAACCCGUUCCGGUCGAAGCUGGCCGCGGCCGUCCUUGGCGGAGUGGACAAAAUUCACAUGCCUCCGGGCUCGAAGGUACUGUACCUGGGAGCGGCUUCCGGCACGACCGUUUCGCACGUGUCGGACGUGGUCGGGCCCGAGGGACUCGUGUACGCCGUCGAAUUCUCACACCGAUCGGGCCGCGACUUGAUAAACGUGGCCAAGAAGCGAACCAACAUCAUCCCGAUCAUCGAAGACGCGCGACACCCGCACAAGUACCGGAUGCUGGUCGGACUGGUGGACACCAUCUUCGCCGAUGUGGCCCAGCCCGAUCAGGCGCGUAUCGUGGCCCUGAAUGCGCACCAGUUCCUGCGGAACGGUGGCCACUUUGUGAUUUCCAUCAAGGCGUCCUGCAUCGACUCGACGGCCGUUCCGGAGGCGGUCUUUGCGGCGGAGGUCAAAAAGCUCCAGUCGGAGAAGCUCAAGCCGCAGGAACAGAUCACACUCGAACCGUACGAACGAGACCACGCGGUCGUCGUUGGAAUCUACCGGGCGGCACCAAAGGCCGGGGCGUAAACUCAGACGGCAUUUGCUUCUUCUUCUACUUUCUAGUUGUUAAGUCGUAUAAUUUUCCUCUUUUUAACACGUUCAAUAAUAGGGUUCGCGCCGCGGCCGGAACCCGCCUUGGUCGCAACAGAAUUGCAAAAACAAAAUAGAGUUUAUAAAUACUACCUUUAAUGUGACAUAAACAAGUAAUAAAAUACAAACUUAUUACAAAACGA